AUGUCUGCCCAGUUUCCAGAGUGCAGCAGUCUUCUAAACGAUGUCAUUGAAAUUCAAGAUAUUAUUGGUUCCAUGAAAAGGGAACAACAGGAGCAGAAUGUAACAAUGAGACCUUCUUACGAUGGCAGUCAGAGAAUGGGUCGACCUCGUUUCCAUAUUCCCAAGGAACAGCUGGAGCUUCUACUUGAACUCAGAUUUACUGAUGCUGAUAUUGCUAAUAUGAUUGGUGUUAGCAUUUCAGUCAUCAAACGUCGUUUAAGAGAAUAUGGUCUGGGUCGUCAAAAUCAGUAUACCACUAUAUCCAACGAGGACUUGGACACGCAUGUUCUCAGAUUGACACAUGGCAAUCCACUUCUGGGCCAACGGAAUGUGCAGGGAUUGCUUUCAUCUGAAGGACUGGUGGUGCAGCGCAGCAGAGUUGCAGAAUCCCUAACAAGGGUUGAUGGAGCAGCUGUGGCCAUGAGGUGGAGUAGAACGAUUCAGCGACGAUCAUACAGUGUGCCUGGGCCAAAUGCAUUGUGGCACAUUGAUGGCAACCACAAAUUUAUAAGGUGGGGCAUGGUCAUACAUGGUGGCAUAGAUGGAUUUAGCCGUUUGGUAGUGUUCCUAAGAAUGUCCACCAACAAUCGGGCAGAGACUGUCAUGGACUGCUUUACUGAGGCAACUGCAAAUUAUGGAAUACCUUCUCGUGUCAGAUGUGACCAUGGUGGAGAAAACAAGGAUGUAGCUUUGUUUAUGAACUCUCAUCAUGGUGAGUCAAGGGGAAGCUGCAUUACAGGGAAAUCAGUCCACAAUCAGCGCAUAGAGAGAUUCUGGCGUGACCUCUACACAGGGUGUUCUUUCCGUUUCAAGGACUUGUUUCACAAGCUAGAAGAAGAGGGAGUGUUGGAUUUGAACAGCGGUGUUCACUUGUGGAGUUUGCACUAUAUAUUCUUGCCACGAAUUAACAGAUCUCUGGACCAGUUUGUUCAGGGUUGGAACAACCACAGGCUGAGCAGUGAGCGUGGCAAAACUCCCAAUCAGUUGUUUGUGCAGGGGGUUAUCCAGAAUAGAGGAUCAAACCAAACUGGUGUCAGCGAAAUACUUCAUGAACCAGACAUGACAGAGUACUAUGGUGUUGAUUGGGAUGGUCCAGUUCCACAAGAAGAUGGAGAAGUUGAGGUGUCAGGAUUGCCUUGUCCAGUGAGUAAUGAACGCCUACUUCAGCUGAAGAGAACCAUUGAUCCUCUUGGACACUCAGAAGAUGGCUUCGGAGUUGAUUUGUACAGAAGAACUGUAGAUUUUUGCAACGAGAUAGUAGAAUAGAAAUAAUUAGGAGAGUUAUUAGUUUGUGAAUAUUAGUCCAUGCAUCACAGACUAUUAUUUGAAAUAUGUUUCACUUCCUUUAUCAGCUAAUGUGAACUGUAGUUGUUUUUCAUUGUCAGUUGUGCUUCACACUUUCCCUUAAACACCAUUUUCCCCUUUGCUUGGUUUUACUUUUAUUAUUAUGUCCCCCUUUGAAGAAGAGGGGGUGAAUAUUUUAGCACAUGUCGGUCUGUUUGUCUGUCGGUGGGAUCUGUCCACCAAAUGGUUUCCAGAUGAUAACUCAAGGACGCUUAGGCCUAGAAUCAUGAAUCUUCAUAGGUAUAUAUAUCAUGACUGGCAUAAAACAUGUAUUGAUUUUCAGAUCAAUAGGUCGAAGGUCAAGGUCACAGUGACUCAAAUCAGUAAAAUGGUUUCCGGAUGAUAACUCUAGAAUGCUUAGGCCUAGGAUCAUGAAACUUCAUAGGUACAUUGAUGGUGACUGGCAGCUGAUUCCUAUUUAUUUUCAGGUAACUAGGUCAAAAGUCAAGGUCACAGUGACCUGAAGCAGUGAAAUGGCUUCUAACGCACUCACACAAUGACUACGUACAGCCCUGGGGGGCCUGCGUGUUUUACAAACAGCUUUUGUUGAUACAUGUUAUGUAUUCAAUUAGUGAAUAUGUUUGGUUUGACACAUGAACAUAUUGGGUUAGUAUUAGGUUUGUCAAUCUGUUCGGUUAUGCAUGUACUAUACAUUUAUUAAAUGGAUAAAAAAAACACCUUAAGUACUAAAAACAAGAUUUGAAAUAUAAAAUAUGUUAUUAAGGGCAACAGAUAAGGGGUGAUAUUUGCAUAUAUGCUCAAAUAAAAAGUACAUUUUUUAGUGUAUGUAACUCUA